AUGGAAAGAAAUUAUGUCUCAGCUAGCCAGGUGCAGGCCACAGGCUAUACCAUGAUCGCCUUGUCGUCGGCGGUGGUCAUUGCUCGGUUUAGCUUGAUCUUCUGGAAAUUACGGUCGCUGCAGGUCGAGGAUGGCUGCAUUCUGCUGUCGUGGGCUUGCUUUUUGGCUAUGAGUAUUGCGUACAUAAUCGUCACCCCGGUUGUGUACAAAAUCGAUGCGUAUACCGAUGGAAAGAUAGGUCCUUGGGCGACUAUGCUGUCCGACGCACUUUUCAUGAUCAAGGUCUUCUUUGCAAAUACCAUGCUAUUAUGGGGGUCGCUGUGGUCCAUCAAGCUUUACUUUCUGUUCCUCUAUCGUCGACUUCUUCAAGACCUGCCGGGUGAGAUGAAAUGGUGGUAUGCGGUAUUGUGUUUUUGCAUUGUGACCUUUAUCGGGGCAGUUGUUUCCAACUUUACCUCAUGUCAAAGGGAGUGCAGUACACAUCGAGACGCCGUGGCAGAGAUUGCCAGUCUGUAUUAUAGUUUUGCGGUCGAUGCAAUCAGUGAUAUAAUGAUCAUGGUGCUGCCGUUGCGACUGGUAGUGUCGCUGCGCCUUCCAUUGGGCCAGAAGAUCAGUGUUGCAGCCGUGUUUGCCUUGGGCACCAUCUGCGUGAUCAUGGCCGUCGUACGAGUUAUCCAAAUUGGUACUCGCGCUAACAACGACAGCACUCCAAGCAGUUCCUGGCUGGCAUUCUGGGGCAUGAUCGAGGCAGGAAUAGCUGUUAUCGUCGGCUGUCUUCCAGCUUUCGCGAUCAUCUACCGCCGCACUAAGAACACUCAUCGAUAUCGAAGCAGCUAUGUCGGCGUGUCCUCAUCAGCUUACGUGCCACAGGAAGAUGUCGCCUUGUCGGAACUUGCUACACGUGGAGAGAAUACUGGCACGGGAGAGACAGGAUUGAAAGCAUUCAACACUACGCCGGAAUUACCGAUGGAACUAUCUGGCGAGGAGUGA